AUGGCUGACGAGAUUCGCGCACUCAUACAAAGACGUGCUACAAUAAAAGCGCAUUUAACUAGAUUUAACAGUUACUUAGAAAAAUGGUCUGAAUGUCCGGACAAGCAGCAAUUAAUAGAACGUUUAGAAAAAUUUAAAAAUACAUGGGAUAGCUUUGACGAAGUACAGACUAAUAUUGAUUUGGUAAAUGCGACCGCCACUGGCGCACAAUCGGACGAUAACGAAAGAGCGAUUUUCGAGGAAUCAUAUUUCCAACUGGCCGCGCGUGCCCAGCGUCGACUUGCGUCCGUCAGGCCCCCCACGGCUAAUGAUGAUGUAGCGACUGUCCAGAAUCAGUCCGUACAGAACGUAUCUGCGAAUAUAAAGCUUCCUACAAUUAAUUUGCCCACUUUUAGUGGCAAUUACGAGGCAUGGUUAGGUUUUUAUGACAAUUUCAAAUCCAUCGUACAUGACAAUGCGAAUCUUACCCCUGUUCAAAAAUUACAAUAUUUGAGAUCAUCGUUAUCAGAUGAGGCCGCGCAGGUAAUUCAAUCUCUAGAAACUUCCUCUCAAAAUUACGAAGUAGCUUGGGCUCUUAUAGUGGAACGUUAUGACAAUAGAAGAAUAAUAAUUCAGAGCCACAUUCGCGCGCUGUUUGACCUUCCGGUAAUAUCUAAGGAAUCUUCAACACAAUUACGAUCUUUAGUUGAUGCCGCUUUAAGACACACACGAGCACUUCAUGCUCUUGGUCAACCGACGAAAUCUUGGGACGCGUUGCUGUUUCACUUGUUAACAUCGAAACUCGAUCGAAAUACUCACAAAGAAUGGGAGCGCUCUCUUGACGGUACCGAUAUGCCGUCUAUUGACGAUUUUUGGAAGUUUCUAAAGAAUCGUUGUCACGUUUUGGAAAGCGUAAGUCAGGAGGUCUCAGUGUAUUCGAAUCAAUUGGCAAAAAAUCAAGCGAGAUCAAACAAUAUGCGAGGUAAUCAAAAGACGCGACAGGCUCUUGUAACCGUGCAUACUAAACUCGAGUGUGCAAUCUGUAAGCAGAACCAUAACACAUUUCAAUGCGAACAAUUUCUCAAAAUGAAUCGUGAUGCGAGAUUUGCCAAGGUGAAAUCUAUGGGGCUCUGUUACAAUUGUUUAAGACCAAAUCAUUUGGUUGAUGAAUGCAAAUCAGGUACAUGCAGGAAGUGUAAGCGUAAACACCACACUCUUCUUCAUUCAGAAGGUGAAUCAUUUGAUCGGGGUUCUGGUAGCUCUAACGCAGCAAACGCUAAUCCAAUCGCGAGUCUCCAGGCGGUCGUCGCCUCGCAGGUUCUUUUGGCUACGGCAUCUGUGCGUAUGCUAAAUAACCGCGGAGAGCCCAUCAAGUGUAGAGUUUUAUUGGAUAACGGAUCUCAGUCUAACUUUGUCACGGAGAAGUUAUGCAAUAUUUUAAAUCUCGCAAAGAGAGAAGUUAGUAUUCCGGUGUCGGGUUUCAAUCAAAGUUUAACCCAUAUUAAGCAUUCUGUUACGACGACCCUCCAGUCAAGGGAUGGACGCUUUGCUGCGGAAUUGUCAUUCUUGGUGGUACCUCGAAUCACGGAAACGCUUCCUGCACAAACGAUUAAUCGUUACGUUUUAAAUCUUCCCCGAAAUGUCACCUUGGCAGAUCCCGAAUUCUGUACUCCGUCGGAAGUUGACGCCCUGAUAGGAGCCGAACUCUUUUACCAGUUGUUAUGCGUAGGUCAGAUAAAAUUAAGCAACUCUGCUUUAAUACUUCAGAAGACACGGCUAGGCUGGAUAAUUUCGGGAGCAAUACAUAGUCGGGAGUCUGCGUCGAGUCGAAUUGCGUGUAAUCCAGUAGUAGACUCUUUGGAUGCCCAAGUCUCCAAAUUCUGGGAACUUGAGGAAGUUUCGAGCGUUAAACAUUUGUCCAAAGACGAAGAAGCAUGUGAGAAGCAUUUCUCUCAGACGUACUCUAGGGAUGAGAGCGGGCGAUAUACGGUUAGGCUCCCGUUUAAUCAUAGAAAGCGCGAGCUGGGCGACUCUUAUCAAAUAGCGAAAAAAAGAUUGUAUUCACUCGAAAGAAGAUUAGCACAGGAUCCUCAGUUGCGCGAGGAGUAUACGGAUUUUCUUGACGAAUACGAAAGGCUUGGACAUAUGAUUGAGAUCUCUGCUUCCGACGUGACCGAAGAUGGAUAUUUCAUCCCACAUCACCCCGUCUUCAAGCGCGACAGCCACACAACAAAAUUGCGGGUUGUUUUUAACGCCUCAUCAAAGAGUAGCAGUGGGGUGUCGCUCAACGAUGUGCUUCUCGCUGGCCCGACCCUUCAGGAAGACUUGUUCUCCAUCGUUACGAGGUUUCGGACCCAUCGAUAUGUACUGACUGCCGACAUCGAAAAAAUGUAUAGGCAGGUCAGAGUUCAUCCCGGGGACGUCAAGUACCAAAUGAUUUUAUGGCGCAAAGGUCCAAACGAUCCAAUCAGAAUCCUCGUUUUAACCACGGCGACCUAUGGUACCAUUCCGGCUUCGUUUCUCGUCGUUCGAUCUUUGCAGCAAUUAUCCAAGGACGAGCGAAGGCGGUUCCCGCUGGCAUGCAGGGUUCUUCUUGAGGAUUUCUACAUGGACGACGCUCUUACCGGCACAUCAAAUCUCGAGGAGGCUCAAAGGUUACGUGAUGAGCUUAUCGAAUUGUUGGCCUGUGGUGGAUUUCAUCUACGUAAAUGGUGUUCGAACGAGCCGAGUCUUUUGGAACCACUAUUGGACAAAUCCAUGGAUCCUCACAUUUGCUUAAGCGAGUCUGAGACUCAAAAGACCCUCGGCAUCCAUUGGCAUCCCCGUGACGAUCAGCUAAUACACGUCGUGAAACCGUUUACUGAAUAUCAACGAACGACAAAGAGAACCAUGCUUUCUCAAAUCGCUUCUCUGUUCGACCCUCUCGGAUUGGUCGGUCCGGUCAUAGUAAAGGCGAAAAUUUUGCUGCAGCAACUGUGGCAGAACAAACUGGAUUGGGAUGAGUCUGUCCCGGUGGACAUUGCUACCUCUUGGAACCAGUACAAGGAGCAAAUCGAGAUUCUAAAUAAUUUCGUCAUUCCUCGCCAAAUCACAGCAGAGAAUGUAAUCAACAUCCAGUUGCAUGGCUUCUGUGAUGCAAGCGAAAAGGCUUAUGGAGCCGUGCUAUACCUGAGAUCUACAACUUCCUCAGGAAUUCAUAUAGUUCGAUUGGUCUGUUCCAAAACGCGGGUGGCGCCUAUCAAGAGAUUGACUUUGCCCCGGCUUGAAUUGAGCGCGGCGGCUCUUCUUGGAAAACUGUAUAAAUCUACCAUCAAAUCAAUCAGAAUUAAUUUAGACGAGGAGUUCUUUUGGUCGGACUCUACGAUCACGCUCCAUUGGAUCCAAACCUCACCACACAAGCUAAAAACCUUUGUUGCAAACAGAGUUUCGCAGAUCCAAGAAAGUACUAAGCACGGAAAGUGGAGACACGUGCCGUCUCAGGACAAUCCCGCAGACGCGUUGUCAAGAGGACAGUUUCCCUGCGAAUUCGUCAACAACCCCAUUUGGAAAAAUGGUCCGUUUUGGCUGUCUAAGGAUGAAGCUGCUUGGCCGUCGAAUUUAAUACCUAGUAUUGAAAUUCCGGAACAACGCUCAAUAGUUGUCUUGUCAAACGUUCACGUUGUCGAUACGGAUCUACUUUCAAGAUUUUCAUCUUUUGCUAGAAUGAAAAGGAUCAUAGCGUACUGCAUACGUUUUGCCUCCAGGUGUCGAUCCUUGAGGAACGAUUCGGAAGACCUCAGCACUGAAGAUUUGAAGAAAGCCGAAAUGCGUAUUGUAAAAUUAGUUCAAAUCACCGCCUUCGAGAGCGAGUUACGUAGUUUGAGUCAGAAGCGUCCGCUAGAUAAGAAAAGCAAUAUAUUGUCGCUCAGCCCGUUCUUAGACGACGAUGGAGUACUUCGAGUCGGGGGUCGUUUGAGACACGCGGAUCUGAAGUUCAGUCAGAGGCAUCCUAUUUUGUUACCUUCUAAUAAUCAUAUUACAGAAUUGAUAAUUCGCGAGACUCAUGUUAGGCUUUGUCAUGCCGGAAGUCAAGCAACCUUGUAUGCGAUAAGAGAAAAAUAUUGGCUGUUAAAUGGUAGGAAUCGCGUUAAGGGAGUAAUUCGGAAAUGUGUGAUGUGUUCUCGCUGGAGGCCGUCGACCCCUCAGUAUGAAAUGGGCAAUUUGCCAAAGAUUAGACUAGUAAGCUCGAGACCUUUUGAAAACGUCGGCAUCGACUUUUGCGGUCCGUUCUUAAUUAAGGAGAAAAAGUAUCGUAACCGCAAUAAGAUCAAGAUUUACGUCGCUGUAUUUGUGUGUUUAGUUACCAAGGCUGUUCAUUUGGAGAUUGUGAGCGAUCUGACUACUGAAGCGUUUGUAGCUUGUUUGAAGCGUUUAUUCGCACGCCGUGGCAGGGCUCGGGUCAUUUGGUCGGACAACGGUACAAAUUUUUUGGGCGCGAGUAAUCAUUUGAAAGAGAUAUUCGAGUUUUUCCAGGAAAGGGAAAAUGAGCAAAAAAUAAAUCGGUACUUAGUAAAUGAAGGAAUACAAUGGUCCUUUAUACCUCCCCGCUCACCGCAUUUCGGGGGAAUUUGGGAGGCUUCCGUGAGAGGUUUUAAACAUCACAUGCGUCGUAUGGUUGGAGAUGCCCUAUUCACAUUUGAAGAAUUCAAUACUUUUAUAAUAGAGGUAGAAGCAAUAUUGAAUUUGAGACCUCUCACGCCCAUGUCGUCUGAUCCGAAUGAUCCGCUUGCCCUGACACCAGCGCACUUUCUGAUUAAUGCGUCUUUACAAAGUAUUCCGGAAUACGACCUUACAAAUGAGAAUUCAAAUCGCCUUUCGUCAUGGCAACAUAUUCAAAAGGUAAAGCAACAUUUUUGGAAGCGUUGGAAUAAGGAGUAUUUAAACGAGCUGCAACAGCGUACCAAGUGGGUUUCGAAUAAAGCGCAUAAUAUUAAUAUAGGAGAUCUUGUAAUUCUCAAGGAGGAGAACACUCCUCCGUUACGUUGGAUCACUGGCAGAAUGAUAGCUACUCAUCCUGGCGAUGAUGGUAUAGUGAGAGUAGUGACGGUUAAAACAGCCCACGGUGUAUAUAAGCGAUGCGUUAAAAAAAUAUCUCCGUUACCCAUCAUAGCAUAA